AUGUGCGGUGCUACAACCUACCUAGUUGAAAUAGAGGAUCCUCAUCUUAAACUCCACACUCUCCAAUUGUUACAGGUCACAUUAAGGUUGCAACCCCUCUUCAAACGAUCUCUCACGUAUAUCCCGCAGAACGACACAGACUUAGCAGACAAAGCAUUAAAUUUUGGCAAUCAACAUGAGUUCGCAGAUAUCAGAUGGUACCCAGCUCAACGCAUGGCCAUCUAUCGGAUUGACGAUCGUGUGCCCGUGAACACCACCGGCAACGGAGUCUAUGACAUGAUCGGGCUCCGUUCAGUACCAACAUCGGUCGUUGCUCUCGUAAGAUCAACAGAGGAGACCACGGAGGCCACAAGCAAUGCAGAUGGAAAGUGUGCCGAUGCUCUAUCAUCGACUUCCGCUGCAGCUACAGCCAACUUUGGCCUCACAAAUGACGGCCUCCUAUUCACAGGCUAUCCAGUCAUCGGCUUCCAGAACCAGAUGCAAUCGUCAGGUUCCUGUCUCAGUAGCCCAGAGGAUGGUCUAAUAACUGCCUGUGCUUGGGAUCCAAGAUUCAAAGGCAGCUUCUUUCAACAGUCAACAGUCAGCAUCGGUUUAUCGAAGGUGAAAGACUUCAUUCUCGAUAUCCAAAAGCUAAGAGAUUUGCAACCGAAAUCUUUGUGCAAUGUGGAACUAUACGACGGAAUCCUUAUGCGGUACAUUAAAGCGUCGACUGCUUAUUUGGGGAAACAAGAAGAUGCAAUAGAUUUUGACAUCACUUAUUAUAGAAGUCGUGAUCCUAUGAGUCCGAGGUUGUAUGAAGAUGUGUUAGAAGAGAUAGAGCAGAUGGCGCUGAUCAAAUAUGGAGGCAUUCCACAUUGGGGGAAGAGUCGGAAUGUGGCGUUUGAUGGGGUAAUCAGUAAGUUUUCGAAGAGAAGUGAAUUUCUCAAGGUGAAGGAUGCUUAUGAUCCUAGCGGAUUGUUCUCCAAUGAGUGGACUGAUCAAAUUCUUGGCAUAAGAGGAAGGACUAGCAUAUUUAAAAAAGGUUGUGCUCUUGAAGGGCUGUGCAUUUGCUCAGAAGAUACACAUUGUGCGCCGGAGAAAGGGUAUUUCUGCCGUCAAGGGAAAGUGUACACUGAAGCACGAGUUUGUACUGCCCUUGCAAUGAAGAACUGA